CAGAAUUCCAAUGGCAAAAUGGCAUGUUGCAAUGUUGUUUAGGGUAAACGAGAGUCUGUGACGUGCGAAUUUGACAACUACUGUCCUUUCUGUCGUGCCUAUGAGGAUUUAUGUUUGUAUUUUCUAAAGAGCUGUGACUUGUCGAUGGCAGAAGAUCAGGUGAUCUGCUACUAUGGUUUCCAGCAUCUGCCCGAUGACCUACUGCUCAAAAUCUUCUCCAACCUGCCUGUGGCAGACCUAGCUAGGGCGUCCUACACGUGCCAGCGCUGGUUCCAGGUCUCGCUAGAUGACCUGCUAUGGAAGGGGCUCUUCUACCAUCACUGGCACAUAGCGCCAUCUGUUCCCAUGGCGCCAGGGAAACACUCUUGGAGGCAGGAGUUCAAGCGCCUGUAUUACUACACCCCAGUGUUAGAGAGUGAAAACAUAGGAAAGCAUAAGGACCAAGUGUUACACGUUAGCUUCUCGCAUAAUGGUCAGCUGUUUGCAACAUGCUCCAAAGACGGAACUGUCAAGGUGUGGACGUCCAGUUACCCAGCGACUCUCAAGUUUGAACACGACAUGAAGGAAUUCACCUGGAAGUACACGCAGUUCUCCAACUUUAACGAGUCCGACACUCUCCUCCUUGUGUCUGGGGUACACUUUGGUAACAUGAGCACAUCGGGGGAGAUUGCCGUCUUCAGCUUGACACAAAACUUUGAACUACAGUGUCGUGUGAUAAACAAACCAUAUGACGUGUUUGGGACGUGGUACGAUGACACACACUUGUUGUCGGGGAACCUGCACUGGACGCGGCAACUCAACUCAUGUUCAGCUCUGUGGCUCAAUAAGGCAUCCCAGUCUAUUGAAUCGGAACGUGAGUCGGUUGUGAUGAGAUUGUUCCGCUUCCUAAACACAAACGCAAGCUCCAUUCGGACAAUCAUGAUAUCCAAAAAUCUCACUGACUCCAAACUCGACAUGGCAGUGAAUGCAGAGAAACCUGCCCAGGAGACUGUGUGGGGGAAGGCAGACAUGAAUGGUGAAAGUCAGACGUGUGUCAAAGUGAUGGAAAACUCUGUACAUUCUGUGACUUCACAAACAGGAAGCCGACAAGACAUAGGCAAUCAGAUAAAUGGCCGGAUAAUCUACAGGCCUGAGUAUUGGGAAGCGGAGGAGGUGAUGAAUCACUCCAUGGAGUGUUCUCUGCGCCAGGUGGAGAUCGAGGCGGCGCUUCCAUGUGCCUGCUGCGACAGCGAUGACGACAUGUCUCCUCAGCCAAACAACCAGUUUUACGGUUUCCCCGACAACUGUCGUCUUCCAACCAACAAUACCUCUGAAAAGCACAAUACCAUCAAACAGAAAGUGAGUGAACAGUGUGAUAAACUCCUUAUAUUCACCAUGGGUUCCCUGACGUACACUCCGCACCAGAUCGGCAUCAAGAGGAUUGAUUCGUUGAAAGGAGACAGCACUGUUGGACAGUCUCAGUGCGGGGAUGGUGGUGUGCGCUUCCUCUUGCCUGAUGUUGACGAAAACAACCAUGGAGUGGAUCGUCCGUAUGACAGCGUGGAUGAAAUAUUCGAUAUGGAUGGACACAUAAUCGGCAUGAGUCUGUCUCCUGAUCACAGAUACCUGUAUGUGAACAGUCGACCGUGGCCGCCGGGCUAUGAGAUCUGCAACCCACUACAACCACCCCCGAUAGCCCAGGAGAUCGACGUCCACGUCAUUGACCUGUGUAAGAUGAAGGAGGUGGGCACCAUGUUGAGGUCUCACAAAGCCUUCACCCCCAACGACGAGUGUUUCUUUAUCUUUCUCGAUGUCUGUGAGGAGUAUGUUGCCAGUGGAGCUGAAGACAAACAUGGCUACAUCUGGGAUCGCCACUACGGUAUCUGCCUUCAUCGUUUUCCGCACAGCGACGUUGUCAACUGUGUUGCUUUCAACCCUGUUGAUUCAGAAGUACUUAUCACUGUCAGUGACGACAACACCAUCAAGAUAUGGAGAUCUAAAAACCAAGAAAAACAGAUAAAAUCCUCAAAGUCCUGAUGUC